UCUGCCGCAGACAAGACCUGCCUCUCUCCCUCUGCUCGGCACACUUGCAGGGAAUAUAGUUGCUCCGGGGCCUCCCCCAGCCUUCAGUCUCAGCUCAUCCGCUUCAGCUGCCUGGGUCAUGGCUCUGCUCGUCUCCUUGAUCCUGGCCAUUUGCACCGGACCUGGCCUCCUGGAGUCUUCAUCCACCGUGCGAUUGGUGGGCGGCCCCCACCGCUGCGAAGGGCGGGUGGAAGUGGAACGGAAGGGUCAGUGGGGCACCGUGUGUGACGACGGCUGGGACUUGAAGGACGCGGCCGUGGUGUGCCGGGAGCUGGGCUGCGGGGCAGCUAAGGAGACACCCAGUGGUAAAUCAUAUAAGCCGUCCACAGACAAAGGGCAAAAAGUCCUCCUCCAACUGGUUGAUUGUGAUGGCACAGAAGAUGCGCUGUUGCAAUGUGAGCAAAACGAAGAUGUUUUUGAUUGCUCCCACAACGAGGAUGCCGGCGUGGUGUGCAAGCUUCCAGAGAGCGUGCGGCUGGUUGGUGGUCAUGGGCGCUGCAAGGGGCGAGUGGAGGUGAAGCAUCAAGGGCAGUGGGGCACCGUAUGCAAAGCAGGCUGGAACCUCUCGGCCUCAAAGGUGGUGUGCCGGCAGCUGGGCUGUGGGAGGGCUGUGCUGGCCAAGAGAUGCUGCAGCACGGCUACCCAGGGCAACGGGCCCAUCUGGCUGAGCCAGGCGUCCUGCUCCGGACGAGAAGUAAGCCUUCAGGACUGCCCUUCUGGGGUGUGGGGGAACCACAACUGCACGCACGACGAGGACACGUGGGUCGAAUGUGAAGAGCCCUUUGACUUGAGGCUGGUAGGAGGAGAGACCCGCUGCUCUGGGCGACUGGAGGUGCUGCACAAGGGCGUGUGGGGCUCUGUCUGCGACGACGGCUGGGGAGAAGAGGAGGACCAGGUGGUGUGCAAGCAGCUGGACUGUGGGGAGUCCUUCUCUCCCUCUGUCAAAGUCCAGAGAAGAUUUGGCCCCGGGGUUGGACGCAUCUGGUUGGAUGAUGUCCGUUGCUCGGGGGACGAGCGGUCCCUGGAGCAGUGCCAGCACAGGUUCUGGGGGUACCACAACUGCAACCACAAGGAAGACGUGGGUGUCAUCUGCUCAGAACAAUAACCUGGCCUUCUUGAUGCUUGGCCUGACCCCUGCAGGCCCUGAAGGUCCUUUACUUUCUCAUGGACCCUGACGGGCCUGGCAGGAACACCCAGCCUGCAGGACUUAGCCACCAUGCCCUCAGCCCCUUGGCAGAGUGUGAACGCCGUGCUUACAUCUGGCUCUCAAAGCAAGCACCCCAUCGUUGUUCAAUUCCCUCUUGCUGUGGUGACGAGCUCCCAGCCACCCUCUCCUCACUGCUGACCCCUUGCCAUGGGUUCUGGCCUCUCCUGCCUCUUCUCAACCAGCCUGGGAUCCCCCCUUCUCCCAAGCCUGCUCCUUUGACCAUUACCACACACCCAUUACCAAGGCAAGACCUAUGCCUGUGAGGGACAUGAAAGGAACAUUGAAAGGAAACUCAGGUGGACAAUUAGAUGGAACUUGGGGGAGAGUUUAGAGUCUUUUGAACUCUUUUGCUCAAGGUUUGAGUGAUAGUAAUGAUUUGUAACAUUUCACUACUCUCCUAUCCUUUGUGAGAAAAGUCCACUCUUUCAGGAACACAGCAGUACCCUGUAAUCCUCAACCUUUUCCUGACACUUGGAAAAAGGUGUUGCACUCCCUCAAUGCCCAUAAUACAAUACUUUUCUUGACCCCCCAUAUACAACUUGCCAAUGUGGUUGCCAUUUAACAAGAAGAAUCUCACAGAUGCAUUUACUUUAUCCAAGAAAAAAUACCCUGGCAAUGAGACUGCCACUGGGAGAAGGGAAAGGAGAGGCAGAAAGAGUCUGGGGAGGCCCAGAGUCAUGCCUUGUGUCCAAUCACAUUGUUUCCAUUUUAUGGUCUCAGACUUUGGGGGUCUACAAGUCUGAGGCAAGAUGACAGAAUGAUCCUAAGGGGAGAAUCAACACAAUUCUAGAAAUUAACAGCUUUAGACUCUGAGGGCAUGUUGCAUACUUGUAAUAUGACUGCAUCUAUUCUACUUAAUAAAGCAGAUUUCACAGUUG